AUGCGACUGGACGUUAAUAGUCAGCUGGUGGUCAAAGGAGGCAGUACAUGUCUCGAGUUGGAGCGGUACCUACAGACGGAGCCUAAGCGACUCUCAGAGCUGUUUGAUGAGGAGCUGGAUUGUCUCUUAACACCGGCGUUCAUGCAGGGCGGUGACAGCGAUGAGGACCUGAUGGACCCCCUCCUCCCCACCCUCCCUGACCAGCCCAGCCCGCCCCCACUACUUGUAACUCUCCCCAAGGUCCCAGCCAAGAUCCUCUAUGUGCCCAACCCCAGCAAGACCCAAGCAGAAGCAGGGACUGAAACCGUCACGACCAAGGAGCAAGUCCUCGGAGGAGUCAACGCCGCACAGCUUAGUGCCGCCGUUACAUCCCUAACGCCGCCGUCGUCACCAGAACUCGGACGCCACCUCGUCAAACCCACACAAACACUGACUGCGACGGCAGACGGUACCUUAACACUCAAAUUUGUGGCAAAGAAGGUGGGAUUAGGGGCCGCAAAGCUGGUGGCAGCACGAGCGUUACCGUCCCCGCCGAGCAGGGGAGGGACCGUCAGUGACAGCGAGCAGGGAGGAGGAGGAAGUCUGGGAGGAGACGUACCGGAGAACAAGAAGAGAGUCCACCGGUGCCAGUUUAAUGGCUGCAGGAAGGUUUACACCAAGAGCUCCCAUCUAAAGGCGCAUCAGAGGACCCACACAGGUGAGAAGCCCUACAAGUGCUCAUGGGAGGGCUGCGAGUGGCGUUUUGCCCGCAGUGAUGAAUUGACACGACACUACCGCAAACACACCGGAGCGAAGCCAUUCAAGUGCAACCACUGCGACAGGUGUUUCUCUCGGUCGGACCACCUGGCCCUGCACAUGAAGAGGCACAUCUGAGGGUGAACACAAAAUGAGCGGGAGAGGGGAAGAAGCAGGGGGAGGAAGAAGAGGAGGAGGAGGAGGAGGAGAGUUCGGAGGAGAGAGGGAUGGGCAGUCGAGCUGCCGACCGCCCGCCUCAUUCACCCCAUCCAAAAAAAACAAGUCGGCAGCCAUGACGCCUGCAGGGCAGCGCAUCCAUCUGAGAGGGCCGCAGAGAUCAAACGGGCCGACGGCUCUUCCAUCGGAGAAGACGAGGGUGAAUGGAGGAAAACGAGGAGUAGCUAGAUUGUUGUUUUUCUUAAAAAAUUACACACUCACACACUUGCAAUAGGAAACAGUUCACACACCUGUCUUUGAACGCAUCAUCCCGGUGACCUCCGGCUGCGGUCACGUGGCUCUGGGGGAUUGGACACUGCCAAACCAACGACGCCACCUUUUUUUCUUUCUCUGUAUUCAGUGUUUAAACCACAAAGGUUCGGGUGAGGAGUUAGUUCAGUGGGGAAACUUUAAAUAUCCGUAUAGUCAGUCGUUUGUGCUUUACCAGCUUCUGAAAUCAAAUACUCAACUUUUAUUCCUUUGUUUUUUAACUGUUUUUCAUACACGGACUUUAAGAAACCAUCAUCUGCCGCAGUCAGCUUCAGUAACUAUGUGAGGAAAACAACAAAGCCAAAUCUGCAGGAGAGAGACUGAUACAGAUUGACUUCUAGCAUGGCUGACAAUCGAACCCAGGGCUCGGACGCUGGGUGUUUCGGUGCACCCAUGGGGCCUCGGUCAGCGGGCGCUUCUGCAACUCUCAGGCUCUCCUUCAGCGGGUGUUUGCAUCUCACCCUAACCGAGACGCCUGCCGCCUCCGCAGGCUACCUGACAGAAAUGCGCAGCGACACUUUCUUCCCUUUUUUUCUACUAAGAGGACAAUAAUUCUUCUCGUUGUUAUUACAAAGAAUGAUGCUCUGUUCUUCUCUCUCGGAGAAAAUGUCUUAAAACUCACUGAAUUGUUGUUAGAGAGAAAAAAAAAAACUGAGAAUCUAAGAUGACUUCAACAGAAUGUGUGGGAUGAGAAGGAGAGCGUUGUUGGUCUUUUAAUCCCCAUGUGCACUGACUCUGCCUCCGCGGCCUCUGAGCAACCAGAGGAUGAACGAAAACCAGAAUCGCGCCGACUCUCGGAGAAAAUGGAUUUGUAUUUUUUUGACUGAAAUCAAAGAGGGGAGCAGAAAUGUCUUCAGUUCGUUGAGCUGCUCUUUCUGCCGAGCGAUUCACGAAAGCUGAAAAACACGGCCUUGUCCUGACCCUCCGUGGAAUCACUCACCACUGGAGUCAGACUCGCUGAGAACUGGAAAUCUUGUUUUUUGGUUUUCCAUGAUUCUGGAAGUCAUCCCGGAGCGCUCUCACAGACUCUCCCAUCUCAUCUCCGUACUGGAAGGCAAGAGACGAGGCCGCAGUGCUGCUGUUUCACGUGGGACGGGAAAAAAAACGCCAACCAACCUCUGCGUGGUGGAACCGAAC